CACAGCGCACAGCAGAAAGUCGAGUACGCACUGACAGGAAGGAAACGAUCUUGAACUUUCUGAGUCUUUCCUAAAUAGCAAUUUUAGCAAAGUCUUUUUCACAGAUUAAAAUUGAGAGAAUAUACUGGAGUGGCUCAGAGGAAAAGCUCAGAGGAAAAGAAAAGGAUUUAUUAUUCUUCAGCACAGAGUAUGUGCGCAAGAAGAAACAAGAGCUAAUGUUUUUUAAUGGAUUUCAAUGACGUGGGAUGAGGAUUGCAAAAAUCACCAUGACAAAAAACAUUUCCACCACGCCUGCCACAACCACCUUCCAGAUUCCACAUAGGUCUGUUUUUCUAAUCACCACAAAGAUCAGCGAGAUGAACUCAACAACAACCCCUGACCCCCUACAAAUCUGUGUGGAUCAUGGAGCACUGCAAAGCCUAUUGGCGGUGUUCUACUCUGUAAUCUUCAUCCUGGGUCUGGUCGGGAACCUGGUGGCCCUGUGGGUUUUCUUCUGUAUUCACUCUAAGAAGAACUCUGUGCGGGUGUUUCUCAUAAAUGUAGCUUUUGCAGAUCUGCUGUUGGUGGUAUGUCUGCCAUUUAGGAUACUUUAUCACAUCCAAGGUAAUGUCUGGAACCUAGGUCCCACCUUAUGUAAAGUAGUGGGCAACCUCUUCUACAUGAACAUGUAUAUUAGUGUCACGCUACUGGGACUGAUCAGCGUGGAUCGCUACCAAAAGAUCCAUCGUGGCCAUCGAGGAGUGCAGCACAGACUGCAGUCCACUAGGUGGAGCACUGCCCUUUGUGCAGUCAUCUGGAUUGUGGCCUUUGCUUUGACUUUGGUGCUCCUGAUGUCAAAGAAUCAUUCGCAGAUGAACAGGUGCUUUCACUACAGGCUGCUCCAUAAUGCAAAGUGGAAAGCUUACAUCAACAUCUUUGUGGUGGUUGUCUUCUGGCUUGUAUUCAUCUCACUAGUGGUGUCUUAUGGAAAGAUUGCCCUCAAGCUUCUAAGAACAUCACAUGAGAAACCAGGCCUGGCCAAUGCACCGCACUACGCUCAAACUGCCAGGAAGUCCUUCUUCAUUCUCUUUCUCUUCACCGUCUGUUUUGUGCCCUAUCACAUGGUCAGAGUGUUCUACAUAAAAACCCAGAUCACAGACACUUCAUGUUUCUGGCAGAGUGUGGCUGACAAAGCCAAUGAGGUGGCUUUGCUGUUUUCGGCCCUCAACAGUUGCCUGGAUCCUGCUAUGUACUUCCUGUUAUCCUCUUCAGUGAGGAAGCAGGUGCUACGCUUGGUGAGCAACAUGUUUUGUGUGCGAGAUGUUGCUGGAGUCAGUGGGAGCAGCUCCACUGGUGAGCUGGACAGUAAGAAUGGGAGGACUGCCAGAAUAUAGGCGAGCACCAGUUUAACCAGCAAUCUGAAGGAGAACACUGUUACUGAAUCCACCCCAGGGCUGGGCUGCAUCAACACGUAGUGCAAGGACAGUGAGGUUCACGACCACUCUCCUCAAUACAAACUAUUCUAUUUGACGCUGUCCUCUGAAUAGACUAUACCUGAAAUUUUCCAACUUGCCACCACGUCUUGCCUUUUUUACCAUCACAACCACACAAACGAAGGGGAUGCAGGAACUAUUUUUUAUGGAAGUAUCCUGAAUUAUGCAUCUUAUGUAUCAGUUUGAUUAUUCUGUCUGAGCGAAUAAACAAUACUAAGAAGGUUUAUCUGAUAUUGCCAUGUUGGUGUUGUCCACAUGAGGAGCAGGUCAGACUGGGGGUUUGUGUCCUGUGUGGAACUUAUUGUUCAAGCUUGUUGUUAUAUUGCUAACUUGUUAUUUUUACACUUUUUUUCUUAAUCUUUUUUCAUUCUUCUAUCACAGCAUGGUUAGGUUUAGGCAAUAAAACUACUUGUUUAGGUUUAGGUAAAAAUCAUGGUUUGGGUUAAAACAGGCUUUCACAAAGUUGGAUUAGGGUUAGGGGUUAGGUUAGGGAGCAUGUGUUUGAAAGUUCCCCCAUGUGCAUAUUUUUCUGGACUUUUUCCUCCGAGUUGCGAAGUUUUCACAUCAAACCAGCGUGAUUCGUCAGUCGCAAUGAUGGUCCUGGAGCAACAUAAUUAUGAUGUUGUGGGAACAACACCAAAACACCAAUAUCAGAUCGUGCUACUUAUGAUAUUAAUUCGCUAAACUUCAAGCAAAAACCCUCUCGUAAACUACGUGCUGAGAUUACAUGGUGGGAUUGGAGCAGGUGGUAAACAGCAACCUGUUGUGUAUGGUACAGGUGGUAACAUUAGCAGGAUUGGAUGGAGGCCAUAGUCACAUUGACAGCUGCACCUGACACUCUAAUUGUAUUUUUAAGUAUGGCAUCAUGCUUUAGUAGCUACUGUAUACAAGACAAAGUUGCAGAAAAAGUAAGGUUAUGGUAUAUGUAUAUUCCUCGCCAUACAUUCAACCACACAUGAAAGCAAACACAAGAUCUGUUCUGUUUUUCUCAUAUGGGUGUGCAACCUUUCAGGACAACACAGUAUGUCUACAAAUUACAAAUGCCAGACAUGAAAUUACAUAAUUACAACAAACAGUUGUUAAUUAUUAGUUAAAAUUUUGCCAAUUUACAAUUUAAGUCUCACAUAUGUACAGAAAAUAUAUAUCCAGUAUAUAAGCAUGGUAGUGCAGAGUUGCAGAGUAACACUUACAUAUCAUGAUAAAAUAAUCUUACAGUUUUGUACAGAUAAAAAUAAAUGACUUAGGCUGCAUGUUUUUAUUUUUAACAUCUUGCUUAUAUAUAACUUUAACAAAAAAUUUCAUCUUUAUCUAAGUUAACUUAAGGACAGUCAUGCUAUUAUAAAAAUUUAUAUAUAAAUAUAAAACACAUAUUUAACAUUUAAAGAUUGAUAACAAUUUCACAUCUGUGAACUUAAUGUCUGCUCACAGACACUAGCUGUGGCCAGUGACUUGAAUUGUUCACCACUUCCCAUGCUUUUGUAAAACAUUCAGAAGAGAUUAACAACUCUCUCCAGAUUCAUACUAUAUGAUUAACAUGAAUAUAUAUGACACUGCACGUUUGAUGAAAGAAAUUUACUGAGAUUUGUGCUGCUCACUUGAAGCUUAAUCCAUGAAUGGUUUUGAAUAACCUGAGGUGCUCUGUCCCUGCAAGUUACCACAACAAUCAAAUAAAGAAUAUGUCUGAAAACAUUUCUUGUAAAAGUUUAGAUGGUGCCCUGUAUGCAACAUUAAUGUCCUUUCCAGACACAUGUGUGGCUCAUGCUACAAAACUUUUUGGCUCUGUAGCACCAUCGCUAUGUGCAAAAAGAGCUUUACAUGAGUAAAGCCCUGCUUCACAACCAUAUGGUGCAUUGAGCUAAAAAACAAAAGCAGCAUGGCAACAUGCUCACAUUGACAAAGCUAACAUGUCGAUUAGGUUUAGCUGCAAUAAUGUUGACCAUGUUCACCAUCUUAGCCUGUUAACUGAAAUAAAGCAGCAGAUCAACGUGUGAUGCUACAGGCAACUUUUCACCAAGCAAAUACAAUGUGAGAUAUUCACACAAAUUUGCAGACAAUAUCAAAGUCAUGAUAAAUUAUCAUGUUGAUCAGAAGGUUACAGAGAACCCAGAAGAGCUUUUACUGAGCGGAAAGCAUGGGGGCAUUACUAACAAAAAGCCACUCUUUGGGGACAGAGCUUUUGAUAUGUAAAAAACAUGUUAUCCUACUAAGAAAAGUGUUGAGACUGUAUUCUGUAUUUUGAUGUGAUUUACUUAUUUUUAAGGCAUAAACCAGCGUGUUAAAUCAUGUUUUUUUUUACAGAUGAGAAUUUAAGUCGUUCUAUUUUCAAAAAAUAUUGACUGUGAUUUCUGUCAAACCCCGAACCUCUCUCUAUCUCUCUCUCUCUCUCUCUAUCACCCACCCAACCAGUUGAAGCAGAUGGCCCCCACCAACAGCCUGGUUCUGCUCGAGGUUUCUGCCUACUAAAAGGAAGUUUUUCCUCGCCACUGUCUCCAAGUGCUCGCUCAUGAGGGAAUUGUUGGGUCACUGUAGAUAAAGAGUUUGGUCUG